AGCUCUCCUUUCUCAACUUUUGCUGCAUUACACUAUCAGACGCCCAUUGCUCGCCCAACCACACGCGUUCCUUCCCCCCUCCGAGGUAUAUAGUUUGUUUCCUCCCGCGUCACCGCCAAAGUGCCCCUCCUUCCAUCCCACAUGUCUACCAGACUCUUCCGCCCGUUUCAACGCAUCGCGACAUCUUCACUUUCUACAACAUACCGUACCUUCCACUCUACAUCGCCCAACAUGGUUGUCCACAACGUCCGCAACGCCGAGGAAUGGACGGAGACCCUCAAGAACAACAGAGUUGUUCUCCUUGAUUGCUUUGCCACCUGGUGCGGUCCUUGCAAGGCCAUCGCACCCCUUCUGGCCCAGGAAUCCGAGAAGCCGGAAUACCAAGGCAUUCACUUUGUCAAGAUUGAUGUCGACGAGGUCCCCGACGUGAGCCAGGAGCUCGGCAUUCGGGCCAUGCCUACUUUCAUGUUCUUCAAGGAUCAGGAGAAGGAUCAGGAACUCGUCGGCGCCAACCCCGCUGUCCUCAAAAAGAACAUUGCAACUGUUGCCGCAAGCCCCGAGGCUCAGGAGGUGCUGACCCUUAAGACUCAGAAGGCCGACACUGAGAAGACUGCUGGAUCGACUGAGGAGGCGAAGCAGGAGUAGAUAAUCAACGUAUUUGCGUCAAGAGGAGGCAGCAGAGAGGAAGGCAGCUAUCCGUGUAGAACCUGUCCAUGAUACAAGAUACCAAACAAGAACAGCAAAAAACUUUGAUCUGAAGACUUGCAGGAGGUCCAGGCCGAGAACAGUGUUGCCGCACUUUCUAGCCGUACACGGUACGGUAUUGGCCACUUGGGGAUGCUGUUGUUAUGUCGUCCAGGACCAU